UUUUACUACUACGUGCGCGCGAGAAUCGGUUUUCUGCCCCAAAACCCAGUAUGGUGACCGACAUUCGAUGUUUUAAUCGCUCUUUCCCGCCUUUCGAGCGAUGUUGUUUAUCUGUAGUAAGGGGGAGGGGGGCUUGAAACCGCCAUCCUUUGCCCCAUUUCCUUGGUUGUUUUCCUUCUAUCGCCUGGAUUCUCCAUGUUGUUGGUGCAAAAGUGAGGACUUCCCUGCGACGGGAGACGGAGGCUGUUCGGCGAUAUUACCAGUAUUAAUGGGGGUAAAGCCGAGACGAAGGGGCGGACAGACUCUCCGAUAGACUCCUACGAGCAUAUCUAGUGCCUUGCCCCCUCCCCAGGCGGACCCUCUGAGAGAAGAAGGCGACGCGAUGGCAAGAGAAUAAAGAAGAACAACACCGUAAAGCCCUGCUCGUGUCGAGGACUGUAACUGAGGCGGAUGACAAGUUACCUCGGUGAAUAGUUGAGUGGACUUGUCAAUUAAACUCAAUGAGGAAUGCCCAUCGGUGCUCGAGGACAGGAUUUGAUGAUUUUGUGGGCUUCGUGAUUGUCAGAUGGAAAGUUCUGUUAUCACCCAAGUGCAAAAAGAAGACGUUCAAGUGCCACCAAAAACAGGCCAGGUGAGCCGCUCAGCGCUGAAGCAGCCACGGAGUUGUAACAUCUUCAAAAGUCUGUUCUGCUGCAUCCAAGCUCCAGAUGGCCCCAAACCACCACCACCACUGCCACCAGCUUCCCAGCAGGCUUUGCUGGAGGCACAGGAAAAUGGGACAGUUGUCAAGCAGGCUGACCUCAACCUCCUGCCUGAGGUGAAGGUUCAGGACCAAGGGAAGAUAUGCGUGGUCAUAGACCUGGAUGAGACCCUGGUGCACAGCUCGUUCAAGCCCAUCAGUAAUGCAGACUUUAUUGUACCGGUGGAGAUAGAGGGGACCACACACCAGGUGUAUGUACUGAAGAGGCCGUAUGUGGAUGAGUUCCUGCAGAGAAUGGGAGAGUUGUUUGAAUGUGUGCUGUUUACUGCCAGCCUAGCCAAGUACGCAGACCCAGUGACAGACCUGCUGGACCAGUGUGGAGUUUUCCGGGCCCGUUUAUUCCGGGAGUCUUGUGUUUUCCACCAGGGCUGCUAUGUCAAAGAUUUAAGCCGCCUGGGCAGAGACCUCCACAAAACCCUCAUUCUGGACAAUUCUCCUGCUUCCUACAUCUUCCACCCAAAUAAUGCUGUUCCGGUGGUGUCAUGGUUUGAUGAUGUGGAAGAUGCUGAGCUGCUCAACCUUCUACCUGUGUUUGAAGAACUAAGCCAAGCUGAUAACGUUUAUGCGCGUCUGGACCAGCUUCGUGGACAUUAAGUGCCCAUGGCCUGGCUCUGCUCUCUUUAGGGCUCUAUGUUAAAAACCUCUUCAACACAUAACUGUAUAGUGAGAACUGAUUUUCAGGUUUCCAAACAUUGAUCUUCUUGCAUCUGCACAAAAUGCUCAGCUCAGAAAAUAGUACAAGGAGACAAGGAAACUCUAAGCCUGGAAAAACAAAGGUUUUGGCUAUAAGAAAUGUGUAGAUUACAAUCUGAGGCCUUAGCUCUCAGCCUCAGCGCUGUCAAUAUUGACAACCACUAUUUGAUAACACUAAGGAGUAGGAAACAGCAACCAAAAGCAAUCGUACGAUCACCAUCACGCCAGUUAGUAUGAAUGUUAGUGGUUUUUGCCAAAGCAGAAGCCUGCCUGCCCUGACUUGACAUAAAGAUGUUUUAUCAUUGUGCCUUUUAAAAAAACAAUUAAACCUUUUUUUAUUUUCAAAUUUUAUACAUUUACAAUUUUUAAAUGGAUUGUUUUAUAAGAAAAUUAUUUUUGAAUGGUGAAAAAAGUUUUUCUAUGCAACCCAGAUAUGUAAUUCCUCUUGACCUCUUAAGUAACAGUCAACAGUUGUAUUGAGCAGAUAAAAAGGUUGUUGUUGCAGCCGUACCUGCCUGUAAAUGGGCAGCGUUCUGUGAUAUUUAUCUAAAAAAAAUACAAAUAUCAGAGGUCUGACCAAUAUUUGCCAUUAUUAGUUAGGCAUUAAGUUAAUGUGUUGGCACAUAGGAUGACCAUAAAUGUCACUGUAGGUUUGAGUCAAAGUGUAAUAAUAGUUAAUUUGUUUCUGUUGUUUUAUUACUAUGUCAACUCCUGUCCUUGUUGUAUAUUGACAGUGCUGAAAGUAAACACAGUGCCUUCGUAAUACAACCAGAUAGUGGUGUUUUGCCUGAACAGAGAUUUGUGAGGCAUACACACUUUGCUGUAUCUUGCUGAGCGUGAGAAAACACAGUCUGUAGGAAGUGUAAAACCGCAUGGCUGAGGUUUUUCCAGUGCAACACUUGAAACUAUCAAAUUAAUGUGUUUUUUUGUAUUUAUUGGCCAAAAACAUUAUUGUUGACAAUUUCUUGGUGCGUAACAUUCAUUUGCCUGAUGAGAGGCUGGCCUUUGGUUCCACUCUUUCUUCUGUGCCUAAAUAAUGAGCAUUUCGCUGUCAGAGUCCAUGAUGGGUCAGUAAUGCAACAAUGUGGUGGUGUUUCCUGGGUAAUGUGGGUUUUCUAUCAUGUUUAUUGUUGGGUGCAAUUAUUCCCAGUAAUUCUAGUAAAAUAAAAAUAUGGACCAGUUGUAUUGACCAAAAGAAUGAAUAAAAACACAUUCUAUCUACCUGCUCUGAAACUAAAAGACAAAGUGCUACAAUUUUUUUAUUGUUAAAUAAAUAUUGCUUAUAUUUUAA